AUGGCUAAUACUAAAGCAAACGAGACAGAUAACCAGAAUAUGGCCAUUGAUGAUGUAGAGGUUAAGUCAAAUGCUAAUAAACCUGUCAAUCCAUGGAAACUUAUAACAUCGUUAGAGAGGUAUCAAGCAAUGACCUUCAUCGCAACAUUUCUUGGAUGGACUUUAGAUGCCUUCGAUUUCUUCACUGUUUCGUUUGCUUUACCAUAUAUUGCUGCUGAAUUUCAAAUGAAACCAUCUGAUAUUGCUACAAGUAUUAUUGUAACAUUAUUACUACGUCCUGUUUGUGCAUUAAUUUUUGGUAUAUUGGCUGAUAAAUAUGGCAGAAAAUAUCCAUUAAUGGCGGAUAUCAUCUUGUAUAGCGUGGUGGAAUUAGCUUCCGGAUUUGCUCCUAAUUUUCAAGUUUUUGUAGCAUUAAGAGCUAUUUUUGGAAUUGCGAUGGGUGGUGAGUGGGGCUUAGGUGCAGCUUUAGCGAUGGAAGCUUUACCACCUGAAUGUCGCUAUCCAACUGGUUACUUAAUUGCUGCUAUAUUUUACUAUGCUGUAAUUAAGACUCUUGGUUGGCGUGCAAUGUUUUGGAUUGGUACUCAGGAUCUUUUCCCCACGUUUCUUAAAACACAACUCUUAUUUUCUCCAGCUGGUGCUUUUUUACCUUUAAUAGCUAUUCCUGUUAAUAAAUCACUUGUGACUUUUGGUGCUUUUGCUGUUUAUUUCUUUGUUCAGGGUGCUUAUGGUAUUUUACCUGCACAUUUGAAUGAAUUAUUACCACCACGUUAUCGCGGAACAUUCCCAGGAUUAACUUAUCAUUUGGGUGCCUUGAUCGCUUCCUCAUCCGCUCAGAUUGAAGCAUCACUGGGUGAAGCAUUUCCUAAAGGUGGUGUACCUGAUUAUGGAUUGGUUGUAGCGGUUAUGUCUGCAUGUGCUAUGGUUGUUGUAAUUAUAUUUAUUUCCACUGGAGGCGAACAGAAACAUUUGAAUUUCAUGGAAGAAGCAGAAAUUAGUCUUGAAGAAGACAUAGAAGUUGUUGACAGUAAAAAUGUUCAGUAA